UUCUGCAGCUGCAUGAAUGUUGCCUUUAUUAUUAUUUUUUUCUUCGCAAGUACGAUUUUACAAAACAGCGGUAGCGCACGCUGACAACUGACAAAACCGUAACACUUUCGGUGAAGGCCAGCGUGGGCACCCACCGCGGGAUCGGCAGGGGGCUGACCCCUCGCUGGGCUCUCCUCCGGUGCCCGGCGGGGGCCAGGCCGCCCCUCCCCCGCUCCCGGCUCGGGUUUCAGCCUUCCGAGUUGAGCAAACUUGCUGCAGGCGGAUUGGCGGCGCGCAGCUCCCGGGCUCCGGCGUCGUCCCCGCGCCCGCCGCUCCUUUGUGUCCCGCGGCCGCCGCCCGGGCUCCGGGGGGACCUCGGAGGACAGCUCGCUCCCCUGCGCGCCGGGCUCCGGGGCGGCACGUGCGGGGCCCGGUGUCCGCGGGGCGGAGGCGGAGACGGGGCGGAGGCGCGGCACCCAGGGGCGGCGACCGCGGAUCCGCAGCGCUGCCCGCGCCCCGCCGGCCGCUCGCUCCCGGCCCGCUCGGCUCCGCGUCGGCAGCGGCGCGGUGCAGGCGCGAGGGCCGCGGCCGGGGAUGAGCUGACUGCGGCGGGAGCGUCGCCCCGGCCCCCGCGAGGCCGCCCGCCGCCCGCCGCUACCAUGUCCAUCCACAUCGUGGCUCUGGGGAACGAGGGCGACGCGUUCCACCAGGACAGCCGGCCGUCGGGGCUCAUCCGCACCUAUCUGGGGAGGAGCCCGCUCGUGUCGGGGGACGAGAGUAGCUUGUUGCUGAACGCCGCCAGCACGGUCGCGCGCCCGGUCUUCACCGAGUACCAGGCCAGCGCGUUCGGGAACGUCAAGCUGUUGGUGCAUGACUGUCCCGUCUGGGACAUUUUUGACAGUGAUUGGUACACCUCCCGAAACCUCAUUGGGGGUGCCGACAUCAUUGUGAUCAAAUACAGUGUAAAUGACAAGUUUUCAUUCCACGAAGUAAAGGACAACUAUAUUCCAGUGGUUAAGAGAGCAUCAAAUUCAGUUCCGGUAAUCAUUGCUGCUGUUGGUACCAGACAAAAUGAAGAACUACCGUGUACAUGCCCCCUCUGCACCUCAGACCGAGGGAGCUGCGUUACAACCACAGAAGGCAUCCAGCUUGCUAAAGAGCUGGGGGCCACCUAUCUGGAGCUCCACAGCCUCGAUGACUUCUACAUUGGAAAGUAUUUUGGAGGCGUGUUGGAGUAUUUUAUGAUUCAAGCCUUAAAUCAGAAGACAAGUGAGAAAAUGAAGAAAAGGAAAAUGACCAACUCUUUUCAUGGAAUUAGACCGCCUCAACUUGAACAACCAGAAAAGAUGCCCGUCUUGAGAGCCGAAGCGUCGCACUACCACGCUGACUUGAACAACUUGCUCUUCUGCUGCCAGUGUGUGGACGUGGUGUUCUACCACCCAGAAGUGACAGGCGUUGUGGAGGCUCACAAGAUUGUUCUCUGUGCUGUGAGCCACGUCUUCAUGCUGCUGUUCAAUGUGAAGAGUCCCACUGACAUUCAGGAUUCCAGUAUCAUCCGAACCACCCAGGAUCUCUUUGCCAUCAACAGAGAUGCUGUGUUUCCCAGUGCUGGCCAGGAGUCUCCCAGCAACCCACCACUGCGAGUCAUUGUUAAAGAUGCCCUCUUCUGCUCCUGUUUAUCAGACAUUCUGCGCUUCAUUUAUUCAGGUGCUUUUCAGUGGGAUGAGUUGGAAGAAGAUGUCAGGAGGAAGUUGAAAGAUUCAGGGGAUGUUUCUGAUGUGAUCGAGAAAGUUAAAUGCAUUUUGAAAACACCAGGAAAGUCACUCUCAGGGUUUCGGGAUACUGAGGCUCCGAGGCUACCAGGUGGCCAAUGGCUUGGUGCUGCUCACCAACAUCCGGCAGAUGAAGUGUCUCAGGGGUCGGCCCCUUCACAGAUUAAUUGCCUGAGGAAUUGCAAGACCUACCAAGCCCGAAAGCCUCUGUGGUUUUAUAAUACGUCUCUCAAGUUUUUUCUUAAUAAGCCGAUGCUUGCUGAUGUUGUCUUUGAAAUACAAGACAGAGUUUCUCUGUGUAGCCUUGGCUAUCCAGGCUGGCCUCGAACUCACACAGAUCCACCUGCCUCUGCUGGAUCCACCCCACAUGCUGGAACCACAGGUGUGUGCCACCGUGCUCGACUUUAUUUCAGCUUUAAAUACCUGGGGUAGAGGGAUUAGUGUUUCCCAUUGUGGUAUCACAUAAAGUAACAUGAGCUGAAUUUUAAGAAAAUCAUUUUAUAAACUAAGGAAAGGAGUUUAUGUUUCCUUAGUGUUUCCCUCCAUAUAGAUUUUAACUACUCAUCUGGGAUCAGCAAGGGGUAGGAUGAUCUUUAAUGUGUCAUUUUGCAUUUUAUUUGUGUGUUUUUUAAGAUCCUGUGUUUUAGUCAUCUGAAGCGAGCUCUCUUAAAAGCUCAUUAUCUCUUGCUUGGUUUAUUAAAAAAAAAAAUGUAUGACCUAUCAGGCGCCCACACUUACUGCUGAGCGCAUCCCUUGCAGCACUGUGAAAAUUGUUAUCACCAGAGCAACUGAGAAGUGCCUGCUGUCUCUGUAGGAAAGGAGUGCUGCCUAAUUUUAAGAAAGAGGAGCUAUCUGGGAAGCCCAUUACUGAUUACUUGCAUGGAUAAUUCUGCCACAUUAGUAGAUUAAAUGCAUGAUCUUAAAGAUGAAUUGCCAGACACCUGCAAUUAUGACAGGAUAAAAGGAAUUGCUUGCAGAUAAAUUAAGCAGAACUGUACAUAGACCAGUGUAAAGAGAAAGUUGUAGCUCUAAUUUGGGGGUAGAAAUGUGUGGCAUCUAGCAUAGCAUUUACUUGUCAAUACCUUUUCCCAGAAUGCUGCUUCUUACUUUUAACUUUGGUCAUAUGUCAAGAAAACUAGUGAAUUGAAAUUUUUUCCAAGGCUCUGUUGGCAGCACCAUAUGCAGUGUGAGCCUGGGACUCUGAAAGUGGGACAGUGAAAGUAACCUUGAGAUAUAUUUAAAACAUGGCAGGGGAGGGAGCCAGCAAGCAGCCAUAGACUAUCUCUAGCUCUCUCGUCGGGUCAGAAGAGAUGCAGCUGACCGAGCAGCUGCUGGUAGUGGCACACUUGCAUUUAUGAAUUGCCAAAAUGAAAGGUCCAAAGUGUCCUUCUGAAGACAGCUUCAUAAUACUCCCUGUAGGCAGAGAAAGUCUUGCUAGAAGCACAGCCAGGGGUGAUCACAGAAUUAGCUCUGGGGGGAAUACUGUUGGUGAAGGCGUUUGUGGGAAGCGCCUGAGUGAAACACAGCACAGAUAGCCAGUAGCUUCCCAAUCCAACAGAAAAUGCCCCAUCCAUUGAUAAGAAGAAACAACCUGUAAAUUAGAAAAGUAUUUCUAGCUGUACCAAAUUAAUUGUCUCAAGUCUGUUUUUGAAAGACAGAGCAACGGUUUCUUUGUUCUGAAGGAAAGUGCCUGAUGGUGCGUGCUAUGGAGCUAUGGCCCGGCCACAUACAAUACAAGUCAGCCCAGCAUCCCUCCCUUCCUCCCUCCCUUCCUUCCUUUUUCUUUUUUCCUUUCUUUCUUUCUUUCUUUCUUUCUUUCUUUCUUUCUUUCUUUCUUUCUUUCUUUCUUUCUUUCUUUUCUUUUUCUAAACUGGGUCUCACUAUGUAGCCCUGGCUGUCCUGGAACUAUGUAGACCACCAGCCUGGCCUCAAUCUCACAGAGGUCUACCUGGCCCCGCCUCCCAAGUGAUUAAAGACAUGCACCACCACAUCUGGCUGUGGAAUUCAGCUCUUAAGGUAUGGUCAGGUUCUAGGCAUUUGGCUGCCUGCCUCUCUUCCUUAAAUAACCUAGGUCUCCUUGGUUGAAGUUCUAGGUGUUCCUAAGCCCCUCAUUUUCUUCACUGAACUCUAGGCCCAGAGAAGCCAGAACAGGGAAUCAGACCCCACGGGACUGGAAUUACAGCUGUUUGUGACAUGUGCAUGCUGGAAAUCAAAGCUCUGGCAUAGCAGUCCGUGCUCUUUGCCACUUAGCCACCUCUCCAGCCUCUCAUUUGGACCUCGAGCAGGUGAACUGUAACCUAGCUCUCCCAGAUUCGAAUCGCAGCGUUAUCAUCUGCUUACAGUUAGCAUAGGAGGCGUUGGCACCAAGCAUAUGUCAGCAUACCCUGCUGAGGUUUUUGAAGGAAAUCUCUUUCUUUUCUUCUGCUGGGUCACACCCUGACCCUUUCUGCCCACUCACCUUCGUGUGCAAGCACUCUGGGGGCCUGUCCGAGCACGUGCAGCUUCUGCCCUUAACUUCAGGCACUGGUCCUGUGUGUAGCCACUCAGCCUUUUAAAAGUUACAUUAUUCAUUGUUUUGUUUGGGCUGUGAGGUGUGUGUGCCCUGGCAGGGAGGUGGAGGUCAGAAGACAACUUGUGGGACUUGGCUUUUUCCUUGCACUGUAUGGUUUCCAGGGCCCAAACUCAGGCUGUAUGGGUUGAUGACAACCCUCUGCCCACUGGGCCAUCUCCUAAGCCUCGCUUUGGUGUUUGUUUGUCUUGGUUUGGUUUGUUGUUGUCGUGUUUGGCCUAAGAUUUGUUUGUUACAGUGUAACCAUGUUAUGAGUAUAUCGUAUAAUUACAUUUCUCCCUUUCCUGCCUCCAACCCCCGUAUACUUCUCUCUGUUCUCCAAAUCUAUGGCCUCUUUUCCCACUAAUUGUUGAGUGUGUAUAUGUUCAUACUUAGGUACCCCUAACUGUACCUGCUCAGUCCAUAUUGUGAACUGUUCAGCGCUGAAACUGGCACUGAACACCCAUUGAUGUGCUCUUCCUAAAUCUGUAUUAAAGAUACUGAAUUAACAUCUGGAUAUCAGUCAGCUCCUUUCUUUAGAAUAAUCUUAGUAUUGUAAAUAUUUUAGGUAAGAUACACAGUGAGAAAGGUUGCAAGUGUAGCUAAGAUUUCACUAUAACUUAUAAAAUGUUUUAUAAUUUAGAUUUAAGAAUAGUCAUUAUCCAAUUAUUAAUCUAAGGGUGUCUUAGUUUCAGUAUAAAUCAGUUUAAAUAUAAGCAUGUUUUCCCUUCCUGCUUUUGGUAUGAAACAUUUAAAUUAGUGAUUAAUCACAAGUCAGAUACACAGUCACACUGAACACAGCCAGUUCCAUUUCCAUCAAAUGAAAGUAACACCAAAACAAAUAAACCCAAAACUGUGAGAUAGUGCUGAGGAGAGGCUGAGUCCAGAAGUGCUUCUUGUGACAACUCAAGCCUGAGCACAAUGCUUACAGCCCACAUAAAGCAAGCGGACUGGCGGCCCAAGCCUCUGCCCCACAGGCGCUGAGGAGGUGGCCGCAGCAGGGACCCUUGGAUAAUCUGUCAGCCAGCCUGUCCUAUCCAGCAGUUCCCUGGCCCCAUGAAAGAACUUGUCUCAAAACACAAGGUGCUAGGCAGUGGAAACAACCUAAAUGUCCUACCACUGACAAAUGGAUAAUGAAAAUGUGGUAAAUGCGGAAUACUAGUCAGCUGCAGAGAAAAAAAGAAGCCAUGGUCUCCUUACGUGGUAGCACCAUGAACCUCAGGGUUCCAUGUCCCCUGUUCCCCGAUCCAAUGCUGUCUUUGUGCAUUGGAACAAUAGCUGGAGAACUCAGCACUUUCCCUGGAGAGUCAGUGUCAGUGUGAGCUCAGGGGCACCACAGUGCACAGCCUGUCUCAGAGAAGGCAUUGCUCAACAGAGGCCUCUUGAGUAGUGUACUGGGAAGGAGGCGUCAUGGUCAUCACCUUGGAAAUGCUCACUGGGCCCUGUGGCUUGGCUUUGGUGAUCUUUUCAUUCCUCCUGUGAGGUUGGGACUGUGUGGUUUGCUUUUGCAGUUUCUGGUUUCUGGUGUGAGAAAGUCUGAGCGAGACAGCUUUGUGAGUUUAGUUAGGAAAGGCAGUGGGACUGUUUUCCUGGGAGGAGCAUGGGUGGAGGCGGCAGUAUCUCCAGGCACUCAGGAGGGAGAGAUGCUUUGUGAUAAAAACACAAGCAAAGUUUGUCAUUUCAGUUCUUUCAUCUUGAGGAAAUCUAAACUAACAGCCGUUUUUCUGAUUUGCAAAUUUUUAGGUCCAAAGGCAAGUUUAAACUCUGUUUCUCAGCUGUUGUAAGGAGCCUCUACAGCAAUUCGCAUCAUCUGCUCAUCUGCUCGUCUGCCCAACCGCCCGCUUGUCAUGGACGGCGGCGCUGCAGUAAGAGCUGGCUGGUAACUCUGCUGCAUUCUCUUUCUUGAUUUGGUUUACCUUUCUCGCC